AUCUCAUCAUCAUCUCUAUUUGAUCUUUAAACGGUAAGCUGGAACUCACCUUGAAUUCACUACCCAUCAUUUCAUGAUCCCAAUUUUUAUUACAGUCUCUGCUUUCGUACUUUUGAAGAACAGUCACUGAAAGAAAUGACUGCUGUAGAUAUUGCUGUUUCUGUGCUCGCAAAGCUGCUUGAAUACAUGGUUCGCCCGAUCGUACACCCAUUUGGUUAUAUAGUCCAUCAUAAUACCAACAUUAAUGGUUUAAGAAGUCAAAUUUUGUGUCUUGACAACACUCGAUUUGGGGUUCAACAGCAAGUGGAUGUAGCUGGUAGGAAUGGAGAAACUGUUAUUCCAGUUGUACAGGAUUGGCUUGCUAAAGCAAAUGGUUUGGCAACAGAAUCCCAUAACUUUUUGAGUGAUGAGGUUGGUAAAAAUCACAGUUGCCUCAGUGGGACUUGCCCUGACCUGAAGUUGAUUUACCAAAGCAGUAGACAAGCUAAGAAGAGAAGGAUGGCUGCUGAUGAACUAAUAGAGGGGGGAAAGUUCGAUCGUGUUUCUCACCCUGCUCGUCGACCUCCCAUAUGGCCUAGUACAGGUAUUACUGCCACUACAGUCACAGGAGAUUUGGAUUGUUUCGAAUCAAGAAAAGCCCAAUUAAGAUUGAUAAUGGAGACACUGGAAGAUGAUAGUGUCAACAUCAUUGGUGUAUAUGGUAUGGGUGGUAUAGGGAAGACUACUUUUGUGGAAGAAGUUGCCAGACAAGCUGAUGCACUCCAGCUGUUUGAUGAAAUAGUCAUGGUGGUGGUCUCCCACAAGCCUAACUUGAGAAAACUUCAAGGUGAUCUUGCAGAGAUGUUGGAUUUGAAUUUGAAGGAGGAAGGUGAACUUCUGAGGACUGCUCGUUUACGUGAAAGGCUGAAUCAAGUAAAGAGGAUCUUGAUUAUAAUGGAUGAUGUAUGGACACCGCUUGACUUGAGGACUAUCGGCAUCCCACAGGGGAAUCUUCAUAAAGGCUGCAAGAUUAUCUUGACAUCAAGAAGUCUAGAUGUAUGUAAUGCCAUGAACACCCAAAGAAAUUUCUAUAUGGAUAUUUUAUCUCAAGUGGAAUCUUGGAAUUUGUUCAGGAACAUGGUGGGUGAUACAGUUGAUUCGAUGGAUCUUAAUCCUAUAGCUACUAAGGUAGCUAAGAGAUGCUCGGGAUUACCUCUUGCAAUUGUAACAGUUGCACGAGCUUUAAGACAUAGGAGUAAACAUGCUUGGCGCGAUGCACUUCGUCAGUUAAGGAGUUCUACAACGAAUGAUAUUAAAGGAAUGUAUGCGAACGUCUUUGCAUCACUUGAGUUGAGCUUCAACUUUCUAAAUGAUGAAGAAGCAAAGUCUUGCUUCUUGUUAUGCAGCUUGUUUAAAGAAGACCUUGACAUUCCAGUAGAAUAUUUGGUGAGAUAUGGAACAGGUUUAAGGGUGUUCCCAGGUGUUCAUACAUUAGAAGAAGCAAGAGACAGAGUGCAUACAAUCGUUGAGAAUCUUAAAGCUUGUUGUUUGUUAUUGGAUAGUGAUGUGGAGGACUGUUUCCGGAUGCAUGAUGUUACUCGGGACUUUCUCCUUUCGGUCGCUUCCAGGGGUCUUUACAUAUUCUUGGAGAAGAUGAUGCCUGGAUAUCUAGAUUCACCUAACCAAAACAAGCUCAGUACUUCUUAUGCAAUCUCAGCUGUAUUGGAUGAUCUUGAAGAAUUUCCCAUUGGCAUAGACUGUCCGAAGCUUCAAUUGUGGCGGUUAGAAGGUUCUAUGGGGUUAAUGAAAUUUUCAGGUAAUUUUUUUGAUGGGAUGAAAGAGCUCAAGGUUGUACUUAUGCAUCACGUGUCUAUACCAUCUAUGCCUUCAUCAUUUCUGGCUUUAAGGAAACUCCUAACAUUGUGCCUUGAAAAUUGCAAGUUAGGAGAUUUAUCACAAAUCAAAGAGUUGAAGCACCUAGAAAUCCUAAGCUUCAUGAACUCAGAUAUUGAAAAAUUGCCGAAGGCAAUUGGAGAACUCUCGCAGUUGAGGCUUUUAGAUCUGACAGAUUGUAAGAAUCUAACAGUAAUUCCAUUUGGCGUGUUCUCCAAUUUGCUUAACUUGGAAUGCUUGUACAUGAUGAAUAGUUUCGUCCAAUGGGGGUUUGAAGGUCAAAAUAUUAGUCAAAAGCAAGCAACCGUUGCUGAGCUGAAGCACUUGUCUCACUUGAGUACCUUAGAGAUGCAUGUCCCAGAUGUCAAUCUUUUCCCCACAGAUCUACUAUUUGGAAAUCUGGUGAGAUUCAAAAUCUUUGUAGGGAUGGAUGUUAGCCAGGUGAUCAGUUACUCAUACCCAAAAACCUUAAGACUCGCACUCUAUCAAGGUCUUAAUUUACAUGGCGGGAUUUAUAAGUUGCUGAAAGGAGCUCAACAUCUGAUCUUGGACUACUCAAUUGUGAACUAUCUGGAGGACUUGCAUAGCAUUGUGUAUGACUUGAGGAAAGGUUUCAGACACUUGAGAUGUUUAGAGGUUUAUGGUUAUACUGGGGUCGAGUCUCUGAUUGACACGGCUAUCUUUCCUGUCUUGGAAAAGUUGAAGGUUGUUUCUGCAGCUGAUCUUAGAACAAUAUGUUAUGACCAUCUCCCAGAUCAAUCCUUCUGUGAGCUACGUGAAUUGAUGCUGAGUAUCUUGCCAGAAUUAACGUGUUUGUGGAUGGAUCCUCUUGGAAACGUAUGUUUACGUAAUCUAAGGACUCUAUAUGUUUCUGAUUGUCACAAACUCAAAGACCUUCUUUUGCAAUCCACAGCUAGUGGCCUUUCAGAGCUUCAGAAACUACACGUGUCCUCCUGCGCAGAUCUCAAAGUAAUACUAGCUAAAGAUCAAGCAGUUUCACUCAGUCAAAUUGUCCUAUCAAAGUUAAAGUCAAUAAAGCUCGAGUUUCUGCCAAGUCUCCAAAGUUUUUGCCCUGAAGCGGAUGCUAGUUUAGCUUCAGAUGGCAGUCUUGAAGUACAAGAACCCCUUUUCAAUUCAAAGGUUGACUUUCCGGCCCUGGAAGAGUUGACUCUUCGUGAACUGCAUUCCAUCAAAGAGAUCUGGCCACGUCAACUUUCUGCUGCUAACUUUCGGAGCCUGAGGAUCCUGAUUGUUUUCGGUUGCGACAAUCUAGUGCUGGUAUUUCCAUCAUAUAUGCAACAGAUGUUGCAAAAUCUGGAAAUACUCUCCAUAGAAUGGUGUGAUUCGGUAGAAGAGUUGUCUGAACUUAACAGGCUCGAUUUUGUCGACCAAAAUGAUGCAAAAUUAGCUACUUUGCCUUCCGUUAGAGAGCUCAACUUGGGAAAGCUGCCUCUACUUAAACAUCUAUGGUGGAACAUUGAACCUCAUGCAUAUUCAAGCUUACAGAACUUGAAUUCUCUGCACAUCUACGAAUGUGAUGCUUUGGUCCAUCUUUUCUCCAUUCCUGCAAUGAAGAGUCUAGUUCAACUUCAAGAACUGAAGGUACGCUCAUGUAAGAAUAUGAAAACAAUAUUUGCCUAUGAAGGAGGAGAAGAUGAUAUCAUUCUGCUGUCUGAAUUAUGGUCUGUUAACCUUGAAGAUCUACCGGAACUGUCGAGUUUCUGCCAAGGGAGUAUUAGUUUAGAGUUUCCAUUAUUGGAGAUGAUUGAGAUCAAAAGUUGCCCGAAAAUGAAAGCAUUUGUUUCUUCUGGUAUGCAUCAGGAGGGGAACCUUGGCAUCAGUUUGCAACCCCUCUUCAAUGAUAAGGUUGCAUUGCCUAAUUUGCAAGCAUUGUACUUGGAUGGAUUGAAUGGCUUAGUUGACAUAUGGCAUACCCUAGUUCCAGAGAAGAGCUUUAGUGAACUUCGAGUCCUGAAAGUCAUCAACUGCAAUCAACUAUUAGAUCUUGGUCCAAUCAAUAUUCUUCCAAGGUUGCAG